AUGAACAAUGAAACGUUAGAAAACACCAUACACGUCACUGCUCCCAGCAUCCUGAACAAACCAUCCCAGACCAUGCCGCAGAGGUCGCCGUUCGCCAUCCAGGAGCUGCUGGGCCUCAGCGAUAGCCAGCACAGGUCCCCAACGGCGGCGGUGUCCGCCAUCACGCCCAACGUGUACCCCCAGAGACACUUGCAGGCGCCUACGUGCUUCCCGUCGGACCACGGCUUCAACCACCACCACAUGACCAUGGCAGCCAGCCGCAUGGCCUACUUCAACGCACAGGCGGCGGUAGCGGCGGCCUUUUUGCCGCACAACAUUGCGGCGGCCGCCAGCAUGAACGCUAACGGGGCGCCGUCGCCGGCGGCGGUCCUCGGCCUCGCCGGCCACCAAACUGGAAGUUCGGACAUUUUCCAUCGUAUGUUUAACUGUUUUUUUUUUGUUUCAGGUUUAGCGCAAUUUAAAAAUUCCUUCAGUUCCUCAGGCCCUGGUUCCUGUUUGUCAGGGCAGUUAGAUAAUUCCAAAGACUUUUCAGUGGCGGACGGUUUAGGUGGUUUUAAUAAAAAGAAGAAGAAGAAGAGGCGCCAUAGGACGAUUUUUACGAGCUAUCAACUGGAGGAAUUGGAGAAAGCCUUCAAGGACGCCCACUACCCCGACGUCUACGCCAGGGAGAUGCUCAGCCUGAAAACGGAUUUGCCCGAGGACAGGAUACAGGUAUGGUUUCAAAAUAGGCGAGCGAAAUGGAGGAAAACGGAGAAAUGUUGGGGUAGAAGUACGAUAAUGGCAGAGUACGGACUAUACGGCGCGAUGGUACGACAUUCGUUGCCCCUUCCGGAGACCAUCCUUAAAAGCGCCAAAGAAAACGAAAGUGUCGCUCCCUGGCUGUUAGGAAUGCACCGGAAAUCGUUGGAGGCCGCCGAACACCUGAAGGAAGACAACACGACCAACAGCGACCACGAGGAAUCCACGUCGAUGCGGACCGACGCGAGCGACUCCAGCGCCACCUCGAGCCAACCCCCGCAGACGCAGCCGAGCCACGCGGGCGCCGGCGACAAGGACCAGCAACAGCCGCACCCGCCCAUUGCCGGCCAGCAGACGUACAACGACGACCCCGAGGCCUUUAGGAACAACUCCAUAGCCUGCCUGAGGGCCAAGGCCCAGGAGCACAGCGCCAAGCUGCUCAACCACAAUCUGAUGCUCCAUAUCAGGCCUAACCAGCAGAGCUGUGAUGCGAACGCCAACAACCUCCACCACCAGGAGGUGGUGACUUCGGAGUCCGGCCAGGCCAUCUUCUGA